AUGCCUGUUGGCACAAAGAUAUUUCUCCCUUUGCGCGGACGCGUCGGCAUCCGGUCCUUCUCAUCCUCCCGCGCCCGCUGGCAGUCCGCCGCGCCGCUACCAUCAAGCAAGCCUGUUGGAGCUUUCCGAGGAGGCGUCUUUGGGUUCCUGACUGGAUCUGUCGCCGCCGGCGCGUCGGUGUACUAUUACAUCCUAGCAGAGUACCGAUUCGCCAAUGAGAUGUUGUCUGAUGACAUUGCGUCCUGUACUGUAUACCUAUUGCCAAAUUCUCCCAAGAUGUUCCGCGUCGAACUCGUCUCAGACACCUCAACGGCCACACCAGGCUGGUCCUACGCCCCAACCCGGGGCUUCGACCCGGCGCAAGCGAUGGCCCCAACCCUAGGCCGCAAGCGCGGCAUCCGCGACGCCGGCAAGGGCGGCGACAUCUCCUCCCGACAAGCGAACGCGAUCGCACGCCACCUCGCCGAACUAGACCGCGAGAACCAGCGCGAUGUCGCCAUCCCAGCACCAGUGAAACAAGCCCGCGAAGCCGGCGCACGCGGCACGCGAGCAAAGACCACCUCGAACGUCCGACGCAUCCUCCAGUCCCAAAAGACCUUCCGGAACCACCUUGAUGACGAAGAAGCAGCAAUCGCCUCGGGCAGCGGGGGUGUAGGAGGCAUGCAAGGCGCGGGAGGCGCGAGCGUCAUCGCAGCCAAGGGAAACAAGGCUGCUGCUGUGCGGCGCAGCGCGACACCGGCUAGUACGGCAGGUGUCAAACGUCCCUCGGCGGCCAUGGGUACGACAACUGGUUCGUCGACGCCUGCGCAGGAGACUACGGAUGCUGAAACGGAUGUCGACGAUGAGCCGCGAAAACCGAAACUUAUCAAGUCCGAAUAUGAUAAUGAUCCCCUUCUGCGCUCGUAUGCGCCCCCUGUCCCUUCUGAUCGGAUUAUGCAGCGGCUGCUGGCGGAGCCGCCGCUGUCUUAUAAUGCGUCGCGUGCGAAGCCGCAGGGGUCGGGGCGGCCGGGGCGGCAUUUUUGUUGUAUGUGUGGGUAUUGGGGGAAGAUUCGGUGCAAGAGUUGUCAUUUGAGGACUUGUAGCUUGGGUUGCUAUAAGGUUCAUGAGGAUUCGAGGUGUGGUGCUUUCUUUUAG